AUGAACGCUUUAACUAAGGUGAAGCUGAUCAACGAGCUGAAUGAGGAAGAGGUCAAGCUUGGGGUGGCCGAUAAGGUGUCCUGGCACUCUGAGUACAAGGACAGCGCCUGGAUCUUCCUGGGAGGGCUUCCUUAUGAACUGACUGAAGGGGACAUCAUCUGUGUAUUCUCACAAUAUGGGGAGAUUGUUAACAUUAAUCUUGUGCGGGACAAGAAGACUGGGAAAUCCAAAGGAUUCUGUUUCCUCUGCUAUGAAGACCAGAGGAGCACGAUUCUGGCCGUUGACAAUUUUAAUGGGAUCAAGAUCAAAGGAAGAACUAUCCGAGUGGAUCAUGUGUCUAACUAUCGGGCUCCUAAGAACUCGGAAGAAAUGGAUGAUGUAACCAAAGAGCUCCACAAGGGCUCCCGUGGGGCUCAUACCUGCUCGUCGAGUUUGUCUCAGAGCUCUGAAGAUGAAAAACCAACAAAAAAGCACAAGAAGGAGAAAAAGGAAAAAAAGAAAAGAAAGAAAGAAAAAGAGAAAACUGAUCGGUUGGUACAGGAAGAGCAACCAUCCUCUUCUUCACCCAGAAGCAAGACAGUAAAGGAAAGGGAUGACCCUGGCCCUAAGAAGCACAGCAGCAAGAACUCCGGGAGAGCUCAGAAGUCACAGCCCAGGGAGAGGCGGAAGCUCCCCGAGGCCAGGACUGCCUACUAUGGUGGAGUAGAGGACAUAGAAAGGGAGCAGCAGAAGGAGAAACCCAAGCACGAGCACAAGUCCUCAAGUGGGAGGGAGGCAAGAGAAGAAACAACCAGGGAUAGGGACAGAGGGCGGAGCUCAGACACACUUUCUAGCCCGUACAACGUUCAUUCCGAAGGGCGUAGUCACAGAACUCGAAGCAGGAGCCAAGAUAAAUCCUAUAGGCAUAAAAAGAUCCAGCGCUCCUGGGAGUGA